UCAGGAGUCUGCAUUGGCCGUGAAGCAUUUGUGGUGAUAUGGCCUCCGCAGAGGUCAGGUCAGGGCAGCGCUGAGCAGCGCUGUUGUGAAGGAAGUUGUCAAGGAAGUGAGUUUCUGUUUAUACAGGACCUCCCGCCCUCACCUACCGUCAACCAAUCAUGUCAAUGCGGAGCAAAUACGGAGUCCUCCCCAUUGUUACAACAUUUGAGAGGCGUACGGCGAUGUGGUACAGAGCUCAAUUUGGCAUCUGCGUUCCUCCUCCGGAUGCUCCGUGAUUGCGUCACACCAUCCAUUUAGUGGCUCCGACAAAAACAUUUGGUCAGGCAUAAAUUGGCUCUUGCUGUUACGAGAGUUCGUUCGUAGAGUUAGAAGGGGUAGAAUAGUAGCGUAAUCAAUAAUGUAUUUUUUUAAACGGAGGAGUCGGACAGGAUUUUUCAGUCAACAUUAAUAGCCUAACCGAUGGCGCCUAGGCAACUGAAAACGUGCUCAGAAUGUCAGUGUGCAUGUUGUAAAGGGAUUAUAGCUACACUUUGUAUUUUUCCCCAAGGACGGCUGAAAGCUUAGGAUAGGCUAUGAUUCUCUGCAAAACGAAUGCCGUUGUUUGUGUUUAAAAUUGGAUUAUGAAACGAUGCCCACUUUCUCGCUGACCUGGACUGUUUAGAUUUUGUCUUUUAUUUUCAUAAAGGAUCUUUGCUCCACAUGCAAAUCUCGAACGAUAAAUGCGCACAAUACUGAAUGCCAUAAGGGUGAACAGGUGACGUCAGUUUAGUGUGCUCAGACUGGAGAUGCUGGUCCCAUGUAUGUGACUCGACGGGAAUACGGUUCAGUGAUUUGCCGUUCCAGCCCGAGCGCGUUCUACUAACGGAAUCGCUUAUGAUGCCCAGAGGUUUACGGAGGCUCGUGCACCUGGUGCUGUUUUGCCCUAUGUCGAAGGGGCUGCAGAGUCGUCUCCCGGCGUUAAAGGUGAAGUACCUGCUGCUGGCCUGGCUGGGGAUCCUGGUAGCCAGCUGGGUCCUCUACAUGCAGUAUUCCUCCUACUCAGAGCUCUGCCGAGGACACGUCUGCCACAUGGUCAUCUGUGACCACUACAGGAGAGGCAUUAUCUCAGGGUCGUCCUGCAAGGCCCUGUGUGAGGAGAGGAGCCUGACCCUGCAGCGAUGCAUGUCCACCUCCUCCACACACCAAGUGUACAGUGGUCUGUGGAAGGACAGGCCUGUGGUGAUAAAGUGUGGUCUGGAAGAGCCUCUGAAGGGGGACGGUGCUCCUGACUCUGUACUGAGACAGGAAAUGACCCUGUUCGACAAGCCCACCCGCGGGACCUCCAUGGAUGAGUUCAGAGAGAUGUUACUCAGCUUUCUCAAGUCUAACCUGGGAGAGCAGCCGUCUCUCACCACCUUGGUGGGUCGUGUCAUCACCCUGGCCGAUGUCAACAAGGACCGCAAGGUGUCCCUGGCGGAAGCCAAGUCUGUGUGGGCUCUCCUCCAGAUCAACGAGUUCCUUCUGAUGGUAGCCCUGCAGGAGAAAGAGCAUACCCUCAAGCUGCUGGGCUUUUGCGGGGACCUGUACGUGACUGAGCGCGUGGGCCACAGCUCCCUCUAUAGGUUGGAGGUCCCCAGCUACCUGCAGGCAUUAGUCCCGGAGGCCCUGAGCUCCAGCCUGAACCAGUGGCUGGCCCCGGCAUGGCCCCGGAGGGCCCGCAUCACCAUCGGCCUGCUGGAGUUCAUAGAGGAGGUGUUCCACGGGGCCUACGGCAGCUUCCUGAUGUGUGAUGCCAGCCCGCGCCACGUGGGGUACAACUUCCGGUAUGACUGCAAGAUGGCAGACCUGCGCAGCGUGGCAUCCGAGAUGGCGGUCCGCAGUUUCCUGCGGGGACGUCGCUGCGAGACCAAUGCUGACUGCACCUUCGGGCGUGACUGCACUGCCACCUGCGAUCGGCUGGUGAAGCAAUGUAACACAGAGGUGGUCCAGCCCAACCUGGCCAAGGUGUGUGUGAUGCUACAGGACUAUCUGGUGUCCGGGGCACCCCAGGACCUCCGCAUAGACCUGGAGAAGCAGCUCCGUACCUGUGUGACGCUCAGCGGCCUGGCUAGCCAGAUGGAGGUGCACCACUCGCUGGUCCUCAACAACCUCAAGACCCUGCUGUGGAAGACCAUCUCCAACACACAGUACUCCUGAGGACCACAGAAGAGCUGCUGGGAGCCAUAUGUAGGCCUGGGUUGUAUUCAUUUGACACCAAAUAAAGGAAAAUGGAUUGAAACAAAUGGACAACCCGAAGUUGUCCAGUAAGAACUGCAAAUGUAUUAACUGUUAAAAUAAUUUGCUACGGUAUGCCCUAAUGACUACAACUGUCAUUUUUUCUUAGACCGACCUUAACCAGGAAAAAACAACAACACCAGGACCUACCCAUAGGAGUGAGGCAGGUCCAAACUCUACCCUAUUAUUUACCCUAGAGGAACUUCACCUCCUACCCUACUUUUUUGGGGCCGUUACAAGACAUGCCAAAAGCUUGAGUAAAACAGACAAGUAAAUCACUGACUGAAAGUGAAAAUGAAUGAAAAUCAAAUGGAUUAUGAUUUAAAAGUAAAGGCAGUUUAUUUUAA